CGUAAAUAUCGCCCACCAAACAAGAACUCAAGUCAGAAGAACGAAGUGUGUUCUAUCAACCAAUCAGAACCCCAAGUUAUAGUUAAAUCCAAUUUUUCCUCACGUUCUUUUUCCUGUUUUUCCCCAAUCCCAAAUGCUUGAAUUGACCCGUCGUUGUUUGAUUUUCAUACCAACUCAACUCACCCCCCUUUUUUUUUGUCAACCUUAAGCAAUACCUAAUCAAACCAAACGCCUCCUUUACCCUUUUUUUGGAAAAGGAAAACCAAUUCAAGCUCACGCUCUAUUUCUCCCUUUAAUUUGGGUUUUUGGGUUUUAAUCUUUUAGGGGGGUUUAGAUCGUGUGCUUUUUUUCAGUUUCUCAAAACCAUGGCGAUUUCUUCGACUUUUUCCGCUGCUAAAUUGGAUAGUUUGUUGAUGAAUUAUUGUUCAUCGUCUUCGGCUUCUUUUUCUGGGGCUUAUUUUCCGUAUCAACAACAAAUGAAGGUCUUUCCCAGGCCUAAUUAUGGAAAUAAAGGUAUGCUUUCGAGGAAUGGGGGAGUUAGAUGUGAAGCUGCCGAAUUCAACGCCGCUUUGGGACCCCAAAAAAUCGAUCCUUCUAAGGCUUCUGCACUCUCAGCUCUUCAACAACUCAAGACAUCUGCAGCUGACAGAUAUACCAAGGAAAGGAGCAGCAUUGUUGUCAUAGGGCUCAGUGUUCACACUGCACCCGUGGAGAUGCGUGAGAAACUCGCCAUCCCAGAAGCAGAAAUGCCACGAGCCAUCGGAGUGUUAUGUGGUUUGAAUCAUAUAGAAGAGGCUGCUGUUCUUAGCACCUGCAACAGGAUGGAAAUAUAUGUUGUGGCUCUUUCCCAACAUCGUGGAGUCAAAGAAGUUACGGAAUGGAUGUCAAAGACUAGUGGCAUCCCAGUCUCAGAGAUUUGUGAGCAUCGAUUUUUGUUGUACAACAAGGAUGCUACCCAGCACCUCUUUGAAGUAUCGGCUGGUCUUGAUUCUCUUGUUCUUGGAGAGGGUCAAAUUCUUGCACAAGUUAGACAAGUUGUCAAGGCUGGAGAAGGUGUUCUUGGCUUCGGAAGGAACAUUAGUGGGUUGUUCAAGCAUGCAAUUACUGUGGGGAAGCGUGUUAGAACCGAGACUAAUAUUGCUGCAGGAGCUGUUUCUGUGAGCUCCGCUGCUGUUGAACUGGCUUUCAUGAAGCUUCCUGAAUCAUCACACACUACUGCUCGAAUGUUGGUUGUUGGAGCUGGAAAGAUGGGAAAGCUUGUGAUCAAACACUUGGUGGCAAAAGGUUGCACCAAGAUGGUUGUCGUUAACCGAAGUGAAGAGAAAGUUGCAGCAAUUCGUGAAGAGAUGAAAGGUGUUGAGAUUAUUUACAGACCCUUUACGGACAUGCUUGCUUGUUCAGCCGAAGCUGAUGUGAUCUUCACUAGUACAGCAUCUGAAACGCCUCUGUUUUUGAAAGAGCAUGUGAAGGAUCUUCCCCCAGUUAGUUCUGAAGUCGGUGGUCUGAGGCUCUUCAUCGAUAUCUCUGUUCCACGAAACGUGGGAUCCUGUGUCACAGAUGUUGAAGGUGCACAAGUAUACAAUGUUGAUGACCUGAAAGAGGUUGUAGCUGCUAAUAAAGAGGACCGGCUUCGAAAAGCAAUGGAAGCUCAGGCCAUUAUUACUGAGGAAUUGAAACAGUUUGAAGCAUGGAGGGAUUCACUGGAAACUGUUCCUACAAUAAAGAAGUUGAGAGCAUAUGCCGAUAGAAUUAGACUUGCAGAGUUAGAGAAAUGCUUAUCAAAGAUGGGUGAAGAUAUCCCAAAUAAAACAAGGAAGGCAGUCGACGAUCUCAGCCGUGGUAUCGUCAAUAAACUUCUCCACGGUCCAAUGCAGCACCUGAGAUGUGAUGGUAAUGAUAGUCGAACCCUUAACGAGGCCCUUGAGAACAUGAAUGCGCUUAACAGAAUGUUUGGGCUGGAGUCAGAUUUGUCACUUGUUGAACAAAAAAUUAGAGCCAAGGUAGAACAAAGCCAAAAGUAGGAAUUGAAUGCAGAAUCUCUCACCCUACAAUCAACUACACUUCCUUGCAAUCGAAUAAGUGGUCAGUUGUAACGUAGUAGCUAAUCAAUUUGAGGUCCUUGUGGGGGCAUCUUUCAAUUCAUUUAUUGGUGUAAAACACCAUUGCUUGACUCUGAUUUGGCUUCACCAUUUCUACAAUGGUUUUUUAGAGGUCUUUCGGCUAUAUAGAUUGCAGCAUGAGGUAAGCUUGAACCCUGUAUGGGUUCAUCAGUAGAAUUUUAUUGAUAUCAAGGGGAACAAUAUUAAUCAUUGUAAUUAAUUUACUACUUAUUUUAUAGUGCUGGAAUUUUCUACAAAUGUAUUUAUUGCGUUUUUUUUAAAAUUUGUUUGUGAAAGUAAAUUCAGUUAUUCAUUCAAA